GUGUUUCUUAGCCACUAGCCAGAGUCUCCACUGCUCUCAAAUCCUCACCACCUUUAGGGUUUUAGCGCCACCGUAAUCGCCAGUUGCCAUUUCAUGCAUUUCCACCUCUAGCAUAUCUGAAAAUGGGUGGCGCCACCAGGUUCCUCAUGCUUCUUACCACCACAACUCCUUCCCCGCUGCUCCACCGCCGAUGCCCAGCGCUUCUCAGUUUCUCCCGCCAUCGGCACCGGGUCCCGUCGUCUUCCUUCUACCUCUCUUACCACCACUACCACCACCUUCCCUCCUCUCUUUGUCAUUCUGUUCGCCGCCCCUUAAAAGUUGAAGCCUCCAAACAACUCCACACCCAAACCGCCUUCCCCCAUUACACUGAACCUCCCUCAUCCUUAACUCGUACCCCCCAUCCGUGGCCUGAGUGGAACAAUUUUAUCAGUAAUUUAUCUGCAGCUGGGUAUUUUAAUAGGCAUAAAUUUGGCAUCCAAAUCGAGUUAGAGUUCGUGGCAGGCGUUAAUUUGCCAGAGGAUUUUGCAGAUGCUGCCACUGCUUGCUUGGCUUUUGCUCGCGAAAGGCCUGAUCUCUUAGGGAUGCUGUCGAGGAAAGAUAUUGAAGUGAUUGUUGAGAAAGGGAUGCCCUUUUUGUUUAAAAAUGGUGAUGACUCAGGAAGGAGGAUGAGGUCAUUUUUGGGCAGUGGCCAUAGUAAUAUGCAGAUUAUAGAUAGAGCUCACACUAUUGACUUGGUGAGGUUUCUAUUAAGUUAUGCAAGCAAUCUUGUUUUAUUGGAGAAGAAUGAUGUACCAAAUAGUGAACUUGUGGAAUCAUCUGUUCGGAAUCUAUUGAGUGAAUUGGCGCAGCUGAGCUAUGCUCCAGCCUCAAACCAAUCUAUGUCCGUGCAAAAUCAAUUCCCAGAUAGAUAUGGACAAGCAACAGGUCAAGCACCACAGCCUCUUGGUCAAAACAUUGAAAUGAAAAGAGGUGACUGGAUUUGCCCAAGGUGCAGUUUCAUGAAUUUUGCUAGAAAUGUGAAAUGUCUUGAAUGUGAAGAAGCACGGCCAAAGAGGCAGCUAACUGGUGGGGAGUGGGAGUGUCCUCAAUGUGAUUUCUUUAAUUAUGCUAGAAACACGGUAUGCUUAAGGUGUGAUUGCAAGCGGCCUGGUGAGGUUUCGUUUGGUACCAACAAUUCUGGAUCAGGUCUGGUGUAUGGCAAUGGUAGCAACACAAAUGCAGCUGAUGUGGAUAGCAGGCUGGCUGCCAAUGAAGAGAAGGCGCAGCGAUGGUUUAGUAAAAUUUCUCAGCUGGAUAGUUCUUCAGACAUGAGCAGUGCCAUAGCUGAUGAAGAUUUCCCUGAAAUCAUGCCAUUAAGGAAAGGAGUCAACAGAUUUGUUGUCAGCACAAGGAAGACUCCACUUGAAAGGAGGCUGGCCAAUGCCCAGCAUCGGAGAAACUUGGGCAAUGAUGACACUCUUGAGGGUGGUGGUGGUGUUCAAAGCACGCAAUCAAUCAAGCCAAGCUUAGAUGAGAUGCUUGGUCAUAAGGCAGCUGCCUCCGGAUUGGAAAACAAGACCCUCAGUAGUGGUCAAAUUGCAGGAACAAAUACUCCAUCUUCUGCUCCUAAUUCACCUUCACAAGGGUAUGGUGCCUCUAGAGGAAGCAAUUAUGUUCCAUUUGUGCCACUACCUGCAGAUACAUUUGCCAAGAAACCUGAUGAAUCGAAGAUGGCUAGGAGUGAUAAGUUGGAGAUGGACGAUAAGUGCCUUUCUUCAAGCACCUGUGAGCAAGCUGGUGCAGUUUCUGGAAGAAAAGAAACUGGUAUGUUAUCAGAAAAUUGGCAACCCUCUGAGAAGCCUGUGGACCGGGCUCUGAGCAAUGAAAAAGAGAAAGAACAAGCUGAAAAAUCUGAGAGAUGGUUUAAGAGAGUUGCAGAGCUGCAUAAUGUUACAGAUCUGACUAGUGCAAUUUCAGAUGAGGACUUCCCAGAAAUUAUGCCAAUGCGCAAAGGAGAGAAUCGAUUUGUAGUCAGCAAAAGGAAAGAUCGAUCUUUGACUAAUCCAAUGUACAAGAGACGUAUGGCCAUGGAGCAAGCCAAUGAUACCAAUUUUGUGCCCUUUGUGCCCUUCCCGCCAGACUACUUCGCUAAAAAGGAUAAUCAGCAGCCAGGUGUAGCUGAUUCAACUGAUAAUGAGACAAGUGGAACUGCAAAUUCUGCCACACUAGAGAAGUUCCCUGAGAAGUCGGAUGACAGUAAAGCUGGCAUGCCUGGUGGAUCACAUGUUCAAGGGAUGGAAAAUAAACAGUACAGUGCAUGGAGCACAGAUUCAAGAACUUGGGAAAACUCAAAUGGAAAGAAAGCAGGAGCAUUAACUAGUGGAAAUUCAACUCAAACUGUUGUUGAUCCCAAGUCUAGUAGCAGGGAUGGUUGGAGCAGUGAAUAUUCUAGAAAUGAAAAUGUUAGUGGGACAUCAAAUCUGAUAGGGAGUACGCCACAAGAUUUUACUAAUUCCCCAACAAAUGGCAAGGACAGCGGGAGCAGUGGAUUCCACAGUAAAGAGGAUGUCAAUAAUGCAGCAAGCUUGACGGAGACUACAUCUCAUCCAUCUGAGAAUCAAAAAAUUAGGGAUAGCUGGACUGGAAAAAGCUUGGAAGGGUCAGCAGUGAAGGAACCAGAUCCUUUGGACAUGUCAGAGGAGGCCAAGGCUGAGAGGUGGUUCCGACGCGUUGCUCAGAUCAAGGACAUAUCGGAGCUUAGCCAGAUCCCAGAUGAAGAUUUCCCCUCAAUAAUGCCAAUGCGGAAAGGUGUCAACAGAUUUGUUGUGAGCAAAAGGAAAACACCAUUGGAGAGGAGGUUGACAUCUACUCAGUACAGAAAAAACCUUCCAAUUGUGAGCUCUGAUCCAGUGAAGAAAAGUGACAAUAGCUGAUGCACUAUUGAAGAUUAUACUGAAGUAUUUGAAUCUGAGAUGGACGUUUAAUCUUUUCAAAUUUUGUUACUUAUAGUGAAGUAAAGAAACCUAUCCAUGGAGACACACUGUUAAUAGUAAUUAUUUUUCACGGCUAGAGCAUCUGGGUGGAGGAUUUGGUCAAACUGGAACUGUGAUUUGGAUAUUGCUUGCCUUGGAGUUGCAGGGUUAAUGUGUAACAUGCUUUGUUUUUUCAUCUUCUACAUUGUUCACAUUUGUAGGCUGGAGAAUUUGAUUGUACAAAUAUUAGACUGCUCAGCUUCAUGGGAGGUUUACACAUCACGUCGUGUCUCUGGGGCAGGAACAUUUCUAUUUAGUAUAGCAGCCAAGGAAUCUACUCUACAGCUAACCCUCAGUCUCACCUCCAGAAUUCUUUUUCAGUAGAAGAAGAAAAAGAUGGAAAUUAUGAGGAUUUGGUAUAUAUUGGUUGUUUCUAGGGAAAGGACAUAUUUGAUGUUUACAUAAUGCAAGUCUUUACAUUCAAGUGUAGCGAAUACGAAGUGGUUUAUGCAUCAAAUUCUUAGCUUCCUUUUUAGGGUAA